AAUUUGAUCGUGGUAUCCUGUCAUGCGGUCUGGACUGGCGGUGUCGGCGAGGGACUUGUAGAAAGCGAAUGGCUUCUUCAACCGGUUCAGCAAGGUCAACAAAAGACAUUCGUAGAGCACAUCGAUCGGGGAAUUAGCGCGCUGAAAGCAGAUCCCCUUGCGGUUCUCAUCUUCUCUGGAGGUCAGACCAACUCGGCCGCAGGACCCAUUAGCGAAGCACAGAGUUACUAUUCUCGUGGUUUGCUGUCUUCCGACACAGAUGACUUCUCAUUGCGCGUCACCACUGAGGAAUUUGCCCGAGACAGUUACGAGAAUCUCCUCUUCUCGCUAUGCCGAUUCCAUGAGUUCACAGGCCUAUACCCCUCAUCCGUGACCGUGAUCUCGUACGACUUCAAAAAAGAGCGCUUUACGAAAUUACACCGCGCAGCCAUCCGCUUCCCGGAAGUGGACUUCCAUUUCAUAGGCAUCGAUCCGCCAGGAACACCCCCUGUCGAAGGCGAGCAGCAAAAUGCAUUCAAGCCGUUUACGUCUGACAUGUAUGGCUGUAUAAAUCCUACCUUGGUCGCCAAGAGAGUCGAACGGAAUCCAUUUAGACGGCGGACGCCCUACUUUGAAAGCUGUCCUGAAUUGAACCCUCUGAUGAAUUUCUGCGAUCCAGACGGGAAAGUCUACGAAGGCUCGCUUCCCUGG